CGAAAAAUGAGCUCCUGUAUUCGCGAUUCUGCUGCUGCCAGGAUACUACACCGAUGCCGUGCACUGCUUCAUCUUCGGCCGGUCCUUCCGGAUUUCCUUUUCCAGGCCUUUUUCCAUCCGCCCUUUUGCUCACAUUUCGCCUGAUUUCCGAGCUCCGAGAGCGUCGCCCUGAUUUUCGACAUUCCGUGCGCAUUUCUGCACUUUAUUAUUCACAGCGGCGCAAUCUACUUACCGAUCUUCUUGCUUCUUUUCUUUGUGACGGCUCCUCACAAGAUGUAACUAUUCGAGAAGAUUCCGCGCUAGGCAUAAAAAUUGAAAACCACAGUGAACUGCGUGUGGAUUCGGCGAGCCAAGCGAUGAUGAUGAUCGAUGAGAUUGUCCGAGCCAGGCUAACAGGUUAGCA